CUAGCUACGUGUGUACUGUAGACCAUGCCUUUCCCUCCAGUCGCCGUCAAGGAGAUGAGCAGAGAAGCCAGGAAGACGAAGUCUCGGUCCUCCCCUUCGCCUUCGUCCUGGCUCGACCGGUCCAUGAAGUUCUACUACCCGUCUUCCACCUCCCGCAAGAGCAGAGCCCAGGCAGCGCCAGCCGCAGCGACAGAAGGCAAGAGCACUGACGGCGGCGACAAGCCGAGCAACGGCAGCAGCGGCAAGAAGAAGAAGAAGAAGAAGAGAAGCAUAAGCAUCGGUCGGAGCAUGGCGUGCGGGAGCUCCAUCUGCAGCACGAGCACCAAGGAGAGCUCGGUGAUGAGCCGGGACAGCAGCAGCGGCGCCUCCAGCAGGUCGCUGAGGUCUCCCAACGUUGACGCCGUGUACGCCUCGGCCGCCGCCGCCAUCUCCGCCACGUCAUCAUUCAGCUCGGUCACCACCACGGCGGCGACCACCGUCACGUCGUCGACGUCGUCGUCCUCGCCGCUGUCGUCCGCACUCUCGUCGCCGCUCUCCUCCAUCGGGAGAUCCUUCAGGGGCGUGCAGAUCAGGAGGCUCUCCGGCUGCUACGAAUGCCGCCACUCCGUCUUCGACCCCAGUGGCUUCGCCGCCAGCUUCCCCUGCGCCGACUGCGACGAGGUGUUCAGCAAGCCAGAGUCGCUUGAACUCCACAGAGCAACCAGGCAUGCAGUUUCGGAGCUGGCACCCGAGGACACGAGCAGGAACGUGGUGGAGAUCAUCUUCCAGUCCAGCUGGCUGAGGAAGCAGACGCCGCCGGUCUGCAGGAUCGAACGGGUACUCAAGGUGCAGAGCAGCGACAGGACCGUGAAGAGGUUCGAGCAGUACAGGGAGAGCGUCAGGGAGAGGGCGCGCAGCGAUGAUCAGGGGCAGGGCAAGAAGAACCCUCGGUGCGUCGCCGACGGCAACGAGCUGCUCAGGUUCCACUGCGCCACCUUCACCUGCUCCCUCGGCCUCGCCGGCAGCACCGCGCUGUGCCGGGCGCCGUCGGCCCAGUGCAUGCUGUGCAGCAUCAUCAAGGAGGGUUUCAGGGUGGACGGUGAUGGGAAGAUUGCGACAAUGGCGACGAGCGGGCGGGCCCACGACACGGCCCAGCUGGUGCUGCCGGACGGCAGUGACAAGAGAGCGAUGCUCUUGUGCAGGGUCGUUGCAGGGAGGGUGAAGAAGGCGAGUGGCGAGAAGUGCUCAGAGGACUCUACUAACUUCGACUCUGUCAGUCUCAGUCCCAGCACGGAAGGGGUCUACUCAGAUUUAGAUGAACUGUUUGUGUUCAACCCUAGAGCUAUAUUGCCCUGCUUUGUGGUCAUAUACAGUGGCUAUUAAGUUAUAGCCACUGCUAAUUUUUGUUUCGAUUUCACUGUUGUUGGUCCUAUAAUAUAAUCCAGUUCUUC